AUGAAAAUCCCAAACCCAAAUGGAAACUCUCACAUAACAGAUUACCUUAUCAGUACCUUCAAAUUUACCAAAACCCAAGCGUCCUCAAUCUCGAAUCGCUUCUCCUGGGUCACAUCCCCUGAAAAGCCCCAAUCCGUCCGUAGCUUUCUUCGAGAGCUUGGAUUCUCCGAUACCCAUAUCCGCUCUGCUGUGCUUGGCUCACCCCAAAUCUUGUUUUCGAAUAUUGACAAGACCCUAAGGCCAAAGCUUGAGUUCUUUCAACAGUUAGGUCUUUCCGGUUCUGAUCUCGCUAGUUUGAUUUCCAAGAAUUCCACGCUUUUGACUGUUAGUUUGGAAAGAAAAUUAGUACCCUGUGUUGAAAUUCUCAAGAAAAUCUUAGGGAAUGAUGAGAAUGCCAAGGAUUUGAUUCGGGUUUUGUGUAGAUGCAAUUGGGUUGUGAGGAAAGAUCCAGAAUCAAGAUUGUUGGGUAACAUUGCCUUUAUGGAGAGUUGUGGAAUUGUUGGUUCUCAGCUUACCAUGCUAUUGAAGAGGCAGCCAUGGCUUUUCAUUGUGCAAGAAUCUGUACUUAGAAGCCUUGUUUCACGGGUUCUGGAAAUGGGUUUCUCAUUGAAUUCUAGGAUGUUGGUUCAUGCUCUCUACACAGUCAGUUGUUUGCGCAAUGAGACAAUCAGCAGAAAACUGGACCUGCUUUGUAUUUUUGGCUUUUCAGAGGAUGAAUGUAUGGAAAUGUUUAGAAGAACUCCAGGUUUGCUUAGGACAUCGGAGGAGAAGUUAAAGUUAGGAAUUGAUUUCUUCUUGAACACGGUUAAGUUCAAAAAGUCAGUAUUAAUUCAUACACCUUGGAUUUUGAUGUUUAGCAUGGAGAACCGAGUGAUUGCCCGAUACAGGGUUUUAGAGGUUAUAAAGUCAAAACGGCUAUUGAAGAGGGAUCCAACUUUUUAUGCUGCACUUGUUUUGACAGAGGAUGAAUUUUUGGAUAAGUUUAUAUCAAGAUUUAGGGAUGACGCAGAGGUAUUGUUAGUUACUUACAAAGCUCAUCUGCUGGAUUCUACUCAGGAAGAAGAUUCUUAG